AACACUAAGCACAGAGACACAGAGCUGAGAUUCUUUUGUUCCAGAGUGGUGGAGUUUAGCGACAUCUUUUUUCUUCACUAAACAGUGAAAACUAAUGAAAUAUCACGGCGUUCUUUACGGAUUGUAACGUGUUUUUUGUUUGAUAUGGCAGAGAAAAUGUCGGACGGAACAAUGACACGGCAAGUACUGUUGUUUAUCUCGGUCCUCUCUCUCAGUUCAGUACACGGGCAGGUCAGUUACUCCAUUCCUGAGGAAAUGGCGAAAGGCUCUUUAGUUGGUAACAUAGCGCAGGAUUUGGGUUUAGAUAUAAAAAGACUGAAAUCAGGUAAAGCUCGUGUUUUUACUGGAGACAGUGCAGAAUACAUCGAGCUGAAUAAAGAACGGGGAGUUCUCCUCAUCAAAGAGAGAAUAGACCGUGAAGCGCUCUGCGGACAGACGACGCCUUGCGCUUUACAUUUUCAGAUAAUUCUAGAGAACCCCAUGGAAUUCUUUCGGGUAACUGUUGAGAUUACAGAUGUAAACGAUAAUGCUCCUAGUUUUAAGAAGACCGAGAAACGUUUUGAAAUCAGUGAGUCUGCAGUGAUUGGCGCUACAUUUAUGCUGGAGAUAGCAAUAGAUCCUGACGUUGAUCUUAACCGUCUCCAGAGCUACACUCUUAAUCCCAUUGAUCAUUUUCAUUUAAAACUAAAAAAUCAACCCGAUGGAAGUAAAAAGGUAGAGAUGGUUUUGCAGAAGCCUUUAGAUCGGGAGAAACAGGAGCAUCUAUCUUUAGUAUUAACAGCUAUAGACGGGGGCGAACCGCAGCUAUCUGGAACAGUGCAGAUACAUGUUACAGUGUUAGAUAUAAACGACAAUGCACCUGUUUUUACGCAGGAGAUUUACAAAGCAACGGUUGUUGAGAAUUCACCUAAAGGAGCCGUAUUGGCCACUGUUAGCGCCUCUGAUGCGGAUAAAGGGUCUAAUAGCAUGGUUAGCUAUUCUUUGUCCAGCAGUACUGAUCUCUUUGAGUUAGACAGCGAAAGUGGUGAAUUUAGACUAAUCGGUCAUAUAGAUUAUGAAAAGGCAAAAUAUUAUCAAAUGUUUAUCGAAGCAAUGGACGAAGGAGGGCUUUCUGAUUCCAGUAAAAUAAUCAUAGAUGUUAUUGACGUCAAUGACAACAGCCCCAUUAUUAUUAUAAUGUCUAAGUCUAGUUCAAUAGCGGAAGACUCUAUCUCUAAUACAGUUAUAGCCAUGAUCACCGUUAACGACCCAGAUUCUGAUAGUAACGGACAGGUACACUGUGGAAUAAAUGAAAACAUUCCAUUCACCAUUAAAUCCAUAUCCAACGCCUUUUACAGUCUAGUAACAGACAGUGACUUGGACCGAGAGAGAGCCUCUGAGUAUAACAUCAGUGUGACGUGCUCUGAUGAGGGACUGCCCUCGCUCUCCAGCAGCGUCACUGUCACCUUACAGAUAUCAGAUGUGAAUGACAACGCGCCUGUCUUUGAGAGGAGCUCAUAUGAGGCCUACAUUACAGAAAACAACACACCGGGCAUCUCUAUAUUCACAGUGAAAGCCGGAGACGCUGACUGGAACCAGAAUGCCCGUGUUUCUUACAUACUGGAGGACUCCUCGGUUAACGGAGUGCCCAUCUCAUCAUAUGUGACCGUUAGUGCUGAUAGUGGAUUCGUCCAGUCAGUGCGCUCUUUUGACUACGAGCAGAUCAAGGAUUUCCAGUUCCGUGUAAAAGCGCAGGAUGGAGGCUCUCCUCCUCUCAGUAGCAAUGUGACUGUGAAAAUAAUGAUCCAGGACCAGAAUGACAACACGCCUCAGGUUCUGUAUCCAGUCCAGACAAGCAGCUCUCUGGUGGCUGAAAUGGUGCCUCGUUCAGCAGAUGUGGGAUAUCUUGUCACUAAAGUGGUGGCUGUUGAUGUGGACUCUGGGCAGAAUGCCUGGCUCUCGUAUAAGCUGCAGAAAGCGACAGACAGGGCGCUGUUUGAAGUGGGCUUACAGAAUGGAGAAAUAAGAACUAUACGCCAAGUCAAUGAUAAAGAUGCUGUGAAACAAAGGCUCACUGUUGUGGUGGAGGACAACGGGCAGCCCUCUCGUUCAGCUACAGUCAAUGUUAACGUGGCGGUGGCGGACAGCUUCCCUGAAGUGCUCUCGGAGUUCACUGACUUUACGCACGACAAGGAGUACAAUGACAACCUGACUUUUUACUUAGUCUUGGCUUUGGCUGUUGUCUCAUUUCUGUUCAUCACAUGUUUAGUGGUUAUUAUAUCAGUGAAAAUAUACAGAUGGAGACAGUCUCGCGUCCUCUAUCAUUCCAGUCUCCCGGUUAUUCCGUAUUAUCCACCGCGUUACGCAGACAUUGGGGACAGGAACUCUACAGCACGUGUACAAUUACGAGGUGUGCCGGACGACUGACUCCAGAAAGAGUGACUGUAAGUUCGUCAGACCCUGUAGUCAGAACGUACUGAUAAUGGACCCCAGUUCUACAGGGACGAUG